AUGGCGCGCGUUUAUGCAGACGUCAAUGAGCGUAUGCCCCGGUCCUACUGGGAUUAUGACAGUGUGAACAUUUCGUGGGGUGUGUUGGAAAAUUACGAAGUAGUCCGCAAGAUUGGCCGGGGAAAAUAUUCCGAAGUGUUCGAGGGCAUCAAUGUCGUCAACUACCAGAAGUGUGUCAUCAAGGUUCUCAAGCCGGUCAAGAAGAAGAAGAUUAAGCGUGAGAUCAAAAUUCUUCAGAACCUGGCGGGUGGUCCAAAUGUGGUAGCCCUGCUCGAUGUCGUUCGCGAUAGCCAGAGCAAAACACCGAGCCUGGUUUUUGAAUACGUGAACAACACGGACUUCCGCACGCUGUACCCCCGGUUCACCGACUACGACGUCCGUUUCUAUGUUCACGAACUCUUGAAGGCGCUGGACUUCUGUCACAGCAAGGGAAUCAUGCACCGUGAUGUUAAGCCACACAAUGUUAUGAUUGACCACGACAAGAAGAAGCUGCGUCUGAUUGAUUGGGGUCUUGCCGAAUUCUAUCACAAGGGCACAGAGUACAACGUUCGGGUUGCAUCGCGGUACUUCAAGGGCCCGGAGCUGCUCGUCGACUUCCAAGAAUACGACUACUCGCUCGACAUGUGGUCGUUGGGCGCCAUGUUUGCGUCUAUGAUCUUCCGCAAGGAACCGUUCUUCCAUGGAAACAGCAACUCUGACCAAUUGGUUAAGAUCGCCAAGGUUCUAGGAACGGAGGAGCUCUUCGAAUACUUGGACAAGUAUGAUAUCGAAUUAGAUCCACAGUACGACGAGAUCCUCACACGGUUCCCUCGAAAGCCGUGGCGCUCAUUCGUCAAUGCUGAGAACCAACGAUUCGUCAGCGAUGAAGCGAUUGAUUUCCUGGACAAACUUUUACGAUACGACCAUGCUGAACGACUUACUGCCCAGGAGGCCAUGGCCCACCCGUACUUUGCGCCUGUUCGCGCAGCAGAGCAGUCUGGGCGGAACAACACAACAUCUUAA